UUGUGUAGAAGGGAAUAUUUGUGAAUUUUUGCAACAGCCGCAGCGGCGGGCAGAUGGGCGGCGGAGGAAGAUUGUUAUGGCGGUUGAGUCAUUGUCUCGAGGUUGCCGCAUUCCGUAGACUUCAACCUCACAUUCUCUACCCGUCAAUGAAUUAUCUUCGACCUCCGUACCGGAGCCCGGGGCGUAUGCUCCUUAGCAGCUUCUACUCCACCUUCACCAACGAUGUACAGUCUCAGCCCCCACUGUCAGUCGAUCUAAUGUGUAUUAUGGAGCGGAAGCUAUCUGCUUUAGAAGAGCGACACGUUCAUCUACAGAACAUUGUGAAUCAGCUGGACGCCUCCCCGGAAGAAUAUUCUGCUGCCAAUAAAGAGCUGAAGAAGCUUCGACGUACCAUUGAUGCUCUGACUGAAUUGCGGAAGAAGGAGAAGGAGAUUGAAGGCUUAAAGUCUCUGAUUGAUGAAGCGCAAGAUGACAAAGAGAUGCAACAAAUGGCUUCCGAAGAAUUCGAACAGGCAGCCACAGAAGAGAAGCGCCUCCGUUACUCAUUGCUCAAGUCCUUGCUACCGAAGGAUGAAGCUGAUGAACGUGACUGCAUAUUGGAAGUCAGAGCAGGAACUGGAGGAGAAGAGGCCUCUUUGUUUGCGAUGAACAUAUUCAAAAUGUAUGAGAAGUAUUCCCUGAAGAAAGGUUGGAAGUUCGAAGUCUUGGAUGUGGCUGUGUCUGAUAUUAAAGGAUACAAGGAAGCUACUGCUGCUAUCACUGGUGCAGAUGUUUAUGGAAAACUGAAAUUUGAGAGUGGAAUUCACAGAGUGCAGCGUGUUCCUGUGACGGAGAAAGCUGGUCGAGUCCACACCAGUGCUGUGUCUGUUGCCAUUCUUCCUCAGGCAGAUCAGGUGGAUGCACACCUGAAAAGUGAAGACUUGAAGAUCGACACAUAUAGGUCUGGUGGUUCAGGUGGUCAGCAUGCGAAUACCACAAACAGUGCUGUUAGGGUUACUCAUGUACCAACAGGCUUGACAAUUUCCAUACAAGAUGAGCGCUCCCAACAUCAGAACAAGGCAAAAGCGCUUAAAUUAUUGUGCGCAAAGUUAUAUGAGAUGGAAAGGAGUAGGGUCAAUGCCAGUCGUUCGAAGCUUAGAGCACAGCAGAUUGGGAGUGGAGACAGAUCAGAACGUAUACGUACUUAUAAUUUUCCUCAAGGUCGCGUCACUGACCACCGAGUUGGCAUUACUAGCCAUUCGAUAGAUGGUGUCAUGGAGGGGGAGGAUCUGGACACAUUUGUUGAUGCACUCAUCUUGAAAGAGGAGAUGGAUGCAAUUGAGUCUUUCACUUCUACUCAGUAAGAAUUAUGAGUUGCUUUUUUUCUCAGCAUCAAUGGAGCACGGAUCGUACGAGGAUCAAUCACAAGCGACGUUUUCAUUGACAGAUGAAGAUCACACCAUUGCGAAUGCACUAAGAUUUACACUUAAUCAAGACCCAAGAGUGUCAUUUUGUGGUUACAGCAUACCGCACCCGGCAGAUGCUAAGGUGACCCUGCACGAGAGGUAUUGAAGGAUUCUUGCCAGGAUCUAAUGCUUAUUUGCCAGCAUGUUAGGAGCACAUUCGACCGGGCUGUUAUGGAGUUCAAGAGCAAGCAGGGAAAAUAAUCCAUGGAUUUAAAAAUGUAAUGCAUCCCUUUACCAUAUAUCCUUUCAAUGUAUGACAACUCUGUUAUAAAGGUUAGGGGUUCUUUAUGUAUUGUUAAUUGAAUCAUGAGGACACAGUGAUGAAUGAGAGAAUGUAGAUGGGGAUCUUAUUGUGGUUCAAAGAUCAUACUCUGUGUUUAUGUAACCGGGGCAAGAAAUAUAUUGAAAAGUUUUUCACUUGAA